AAAACUUGGUCAACUAAAUUAGAGAAAGAAGAUUUAGAGGGAGUGAAACAUAAAAUAGGGGAGGGUAAUCAGCCAAUCAUCGAAAACCCCUGAAUCCAAAAAUCAAGUCUUUUCCGGUGCUGAUCUGCUCAACCUUUUGCGCCGUUGUUCCUGCACCCUCCGCCGUUGCUGGUCACUGAAACUUUUUGAGAUUUUGAGUUUUGGAAUAACCCGCCAAAAAUAUGUGGGUUUCUAGAAUUUCUAGAAUUGGAGCUCAGGCAAUCAAGAAAUUUGCUCAAGGGUCGGUAGUACGCUGAAUGGUGAGAAGAGUUAAGCAGGGUCCAAGGAGAUGGAGAUUGAUGGUCUUAAAAAUUUGCGCUGUAAGAAGUGCAAUUUCUAUGUCAAUAUGUCAUCCUCGAGCUUAAUUUACUUAUGAGGGUAAUUGAUACCAAAUCCAAGAGUGUUGCAUUUGUCAUAUUUGAACGUGAAUUGAUAAUACUUUAUUGAUAAUCCGCUUCAUGUAUCUGAGAUUUGAGAACAACUAAAGGGCAAUUGACAUACACACCAAGGACCCGAUAUAUGCAUUCAUCUUUUAGCAGAAUACAAACUUUGCUUCAACCCCCUCAGCAGAUGCCUCGAUAUUGCUGUACCACGUCUGCUGCUGAUUCAUCCAAGGAUGAAAAUGGAGAAGUGCAUGCAAUAAACGUGACAUUUGUUGAAACGGAUGGAACAGAGAUACACACUAAGGUUCCUGUCGGAACAAACCUUUUAGAAGCCGCUCUUUCGAAUGACAUUGAGCUAGAAGGAGCAUGCGAAGGAUCCUGUGCAUGUUCAACGUGUCAUCUUAUUGUAAUGGAUGUGGACUACUACAACAAACUGCCAGACCCAUCCGACGAGGAAAAUGACAUGUUAGACCUAGCCUUUGGUCUUACGGAUACGUCUCGUCUGGGUUGCCAAAUCACAGCGAAACCUGAAUUAGAUGGAAUUCGCCUUGCUUUGCCAACGGCCACCAUAAACUUUGCUGUUGAUGGAUACAAACCGAAACCUCAUUAGGUUGUUUAAUGACUAUGAUACAGAGGUACAAAAUCAGUCAUUAGUUGCACCAAUUACUAUCUGUAGAAUAAAGAUUGAUCAGGCAUAUACUGUGUCUGAUUGCUUUUUCUUGCUAAAUACCGAACAAUUGAAGUCCUCGACAGUAAUUAUCAUUGUUUUUUGUAAAAUGAUGCUUUUUUAGCAUACAGCUAUAGAGCUAUACGGGUGUUAUUCAAUAAUUUAUAUUACCGAAAGAACGAAGAGUUUUCACAUGUACAAACUUGAGAAUUGAAAUAACGGCUAUUUUUUAACAGAGGAUGUCAUUUACUA